CGUCAGCUGCCACCGCCUCGUUUACAUGUCUGCUCUCCCAUCAUGCACCUCUGCCAUGGUGCUGCAUGCUCCUGAGUCACUGAGCCAUGUGACCUCAGGGAAGGAGGAGGUGGCAGACGAGGGGCUUUCCUGAGCUAAACUUAGUGUGAAGAAGUGAAACAUGAGCGCAUCCAUCACUUCAUCCUUCUCUCCAGUUUGUAUGGAGACACAUUAGUGCCAAAGCAUCCAUGAGUCCAAUGAUCUGAGUUUAAACGACUCAGGUGAGACUUCAAAGUGGGACGACGUGUUUCUGAGUUUAUCGUUUCGUUUAAAACUGACGUUUUAAAACAUCAUCCGUGUCAUCGCAGCGGCUCGCCCUCUGUGUUUGCUCUUUCACAUAAAAUCAAAUGUUGGGCCUGUGAUAAAUAAGCACUUAUAAUGAAGAACAACCACAGGUCCAACAACGUGGGACAGGUCCGUGUGUCCCCUCUCCUGCGCUGCAGGUUAGCAUCGUCCUGCUCAAAUAUGAAGGCCACACAGAGCUGCAGGCUUUGACCUGAGCCCUGAGAACGACCCGGACGCUCCCUGCCCUCUUCAGUCUGACGGCGCGGCGUCCUUGAUUGGCUGGGACGGACCACCUCCAUUGUGGUGGAGCUGUAACCUGCAUGUGUGGACGGCACGCCCAGCAGGUUUCAGGGAGUGUUCCUGAGACUCAUCUGCUGAAGCUCACGGUCAUCGGCCUCGUCCCACAGAGCGUCCUCCAGCUUCUCUGAGAACGCUGAUGAACUGUUCACGGUGAGGAACAUGAUUCAUGUUGGUGAAGCACUGCCUCUCUGAGAACCUCUUUUUAUCCUCGAUCAUGUGACCGAGCUGCUGACAGGUCACAUGAUCAGCUGGUAAAUCUUCCUCUGCUUCUUCAGCACGAGCUUUUCUGAGAUGGCUCAUUCUCUCACUUUAAUCUUUUGUUUUCUGUGUUCGAUCACGAAUAAAAUAUGAGCUCUUGUUUUCGUCCCGACUUUUUCAGGUUUGCUCUGAGCAUGCUCACAUGCUCUGAGUUCCUCUGACGUCCAGCAGAGGCAGCAGUGAGCCCGUCCCCAUAGACCCCCAUGUUAAACAGCAGAUGUAAACAUUUCACAGCCCGAUACACAAACUGUUUUGGUAAACAAUACUUUUACUUUGAAUACUUGGAGUACAUUUUUCAGAAUGUGCAGAGGUGGCUUGACUGCACAGAUGCAUGCUGGGUAACGACCCUGGCCUUCGGCACUGAUGGAGGCCCUCCGUCGGGCUGACCCGGGGUCGGGGCAGUGCCAGCUGAUCCGGGGUUCGUUUGUUCCUCUGUUUGGCAUUUCGACAGCGUCACUGCAGCGAGUGGGUGCAGCUGCAGACGCUGUUCCGCUCUGUGGUCAGACGGGGGGUGGGGGUGAUGCUGCCUUCAUCCAUCCCCCACUUCACUUCCUCUGAGCGAGAGAGAGAGAGAGGAAAGAGAGACGCAGAGAGAGAGACUGAAGGAGUGGAGGAGGAGGAAGCCAUUUUGGGCCCGGGUGACAUGUCUGCCUGCUCUUUGCUGCCUGCGCUGCUGGACGGACGCUCGCGCAGUUAGACCGGACGACUCGGUUUGGGGAAGUAAAAGCUGAGACGCUCGCAGCUCUUUGCUUUUCUGUCUUUCAGAGACGUCUGAGUCUUCACAGGAAGAGGCGGCGAGGCCCGUUAGUCAGACUGCGGGCUGAAGGAGAACAACGGCGCAGAAACUACGAGCCCGAUCACUUCCUCAGAGGACGAGGAGCGAGCUCAAAGAUCGCCUCUUUCUCUCAGAUGUUAGCGUGCUCUGGGUCUGACAGCAGCCGGGCUGACGUCGUGCCUUUGAGCAUCGAGCAGGAUGAGUUCGGACCGCAUGCCGUCCAGGUCGGACAUGAUGGGGUGGAACCCGCAGCAGCUGGCGGACUACCUGAGAAGGAUGAAUCUGUCCGGCUGUGACAAAGUUGUGCUGAAGCACUCCAUCUCUGGUUCCAGAUUUGUGAAUCUGAGCGACAACGACCUCCAGAAAUUCCCUAAACUUCAUACUCCGAUGAUCUCCAAACUCAACAGUGAAAUCAACAAGAAGGAGAAGAGGGGAGGCUUCUUUAUUAAAAAGACGUCCAAAUAUCAAGAACCAGAAAUCAACUCUGAGCCUCAGGGAUGGGGCGAAGACGAGUUUGACGAUGAAUUUGACGAUGACUACGAGAGUCCGUACAGCGACGAUGACGGCAGCGGGGGAGACUACGAGUCCCCAAACGAUGACCAGGACGCGGGUAACGAUUACGAGCCGCCUCCUUCUGAACCCGCAGAGGACCACAAGCUGUGCCCCCCCCGGCCCAUCGGGGACGGGGAUUACAUUGACAACCAUGUGUCCCGAGGUCAGCCCCCCGCUGUGUCUCCCCGCCCCCCCGUCUCUACGCCACCAUCUCGGAUGCAGCCCAUGGACGCUCGCAGAGACCCCUCCCCUCAUUGUGGUCCACGACCUCCUGGAAAGCUGCCUCCUGAGCCACCGCAGGUCUUUCGUCACAUCAAACCAGGCAGAGGUCCAGGAUCCAACUCGUCCCCCAUCAGAGGACCGAACAACACGCGGGACAAG